AUGGCCUGCUCUUUGGAGAUGUUGCCGGCUCCUGAUGUCGAAGCUAUCGACCCGACCUCUGACCGUGAGAGAUGUCCCACCCUAGGACGGGAUAUUGAGAAGACCCAAGAUGGCGGAGCUGCCGGCAUUCUGAGUAGCGCAGACGGAGCAGACGAGGAGAGGUACAUUGUAUCGUGGGAAGAGCCAGAAGACAAAGACAAAUCCAACCCGAUGAACUGGCCUCCAACCAAGAAAUGGAGGACUAUUGCCUUGCUCUCCUUUACCACCUUCCUUACGCCGUUGGCAUCCUCGAUGUUCGCCCCUGGCGUUCCUGUCGUCAUGGUAGACUUCCACAAUACGUCCAACACGUUUGCCACUUUCGUCGUGUCAAUCUUUGUCCUCGGCUUCGCAGCCGGACCACUGGUCCUGGCACCGCUCAGCGAGUUGUAUGGCCGGGUUCCCGUUUACCAUGUCUGCAACGUCGCAUUCCUAUGCUUCACAAUAAUGUGUGCCAUUUCAAAAGAUUCGGGAAUGCUCCUUGCUUCCAGGUUCUGGGCAGGUUUCGCUGGUGUCGCGACAGUCACCUGUGGAAGCAGUACAAUUGCCGACAUGGUGGCUAGGGAGAACCGUGCCGCUGCCAUGUCCUUCUGGGCAAUGGGCCCGUUGCUCGGACCUGUGGUAGGGCCCGUGGUUGGCGGCGUUCUUGUGGAGAGAGCAAAUUGGAGGUGGACCUUCUGGACCAUUGCCAUAAUGGCCGGACUGGUCGUAGUGGCGGCCAUAUUCAUCUUCGAAGAGACGUACCCCCCCGUAAUACUGGAGAAAAAGGCAGCACGGCUGCGAAAGCAAACCCAGAACAAGAAGUACCGUUCCAAGUUGGCAACGAAGACCUCGGGCAAAGAGCUGUUCCGGCAGAGCUUUCUUCGACCGGCCAAGUUGUUGCUCUUUUCCCCGGCGGUGUCCCUCAUCAGCAUAUACAUCGCCGUCGUGUACGGCAUUCUGUAUAUUCUCUUCACCACGUUUUCGUUCGUGUUUAAAGAGGUGUAUGGCUUCUCCGAGAUUGCACUCGGCCUCACUUUUUUGGGGUGUGGCGUGGGCAACCUGUUGGGUCUUGCGUAUGCUGGCAGGCUGAGCGACCGAGAAAUCCGACGCAAAGUCUCACUGGGACAAGAACCAGUCCCGGAGGACCGCUUGCCGUAUAUCAUUACACUGCCAGCGUGCUCGGCAUUGCCCGCGGGUAUGUUCUUGUAUGGCUGGGCGAUCCAGGCGAAGCUCCACUGGAUCGUAGCCAUGAUUGGUACCUCGCUGACAGGAUUUGGAAUGAUUUGCAUCUUCAUGGCUGCUCAAACGUAUCUGGUCGACGCCCAUCCGCGACACGCAGCCAGUGCGACUGCGGCAAAUGCCGUUCUCCGCAGUGUUGCCGGAGCACUCCUGCCACUGUGCGGCCUGGACGUCUACGAUGCGCUGGGAUGGGGCUGGGGAAACAGUCUGUUCGGAUUUGUUCUCCUCGCAAUGGCACCGCUGCCGGUUGUCUUCAAGCUCUAUGGGCACCGCUUCCGGGGAGAGUGA